GGAGCGAAAACUCUCCUUUCAGCCAAAGAGCUCGCGUGGAAAACUUGUGCGCGUGUGAGAUUUCCUACGUUUUUUUUUCCUCCUCCGUGUUUCCUUUUCCCUUUCGUCCAAAUCUUGUUUGAGAGAAGAGAAGAGGGAAAAAAACCCAAAAGCGCACACAGGGAGGAGGAUAUACGCGACAUUCAGAUGGAAUCCAAACACGCACACGCCAAAAAAAGAAGACGUGCGUCUGAGAUGGAAUAAACCUGGGAUUCUGGAAGAGUUAACAAAAAAAAAAAAAAGCCCAUCAGUUUGGAUGCGCAGUAAAUUCGCGAUGCUGUGCUGUUUAAUUGGCUGAUGAUGGAGGUUGUGUGGAGGUUGUGUGGAUGUUGUGUGGAAUUGCGCCGUUAGUGUUUUCAAUAAAUCAUAAAAAAAACGGAGGUUCCAUAUGUGGCGCAGAGCCCGGACUCUUCACACAAGCAGCCCACCCACUACAGGCAGCCAAACACAUGGUUUUAAUUGAUAACGUUAUUAAUUAGAGAAACGAUUGACUGUAGACACUGGUUGUGAAUUGGUUUCAGAAGAAUAUUCGUAUUUGUCCACCUUAAUAGGUGACAGUAACAAAAAUAAACCUUCUUCCUUUUUCUUUUUUGUGCAUUCAGUGCAAUUCAAGUUCAGUAAAUCCACCAAAAGAUAUUUUGCUCAUCCACUUAAAUGUGAUGUGAGUUGCAUGUCCAGUUUUCAUUCACAGUAUAAACUAUUAGGAAAAAAAGAUCAGAUGAGGAGGCACUAUCAGUGGUGAGUGAAGACCAGUCUUUGUUUGAGCCUCCUUACGCUGCUGCUGCCCCUCUACCUAAAACAGACAUGACGGCAUCGAGCACACAGGAUUACGGACAGCAACACAAGAUCAAUCCCAUCCCACCCCAGCAGGAAUGGAUCAAUCAGCCAGCUCGUAUUAAUGUAAAACGUGAAUACGACCACCUCAACGGAACAAGAGAAUCUCCUGUGGACUGCAGCGUGGGGAAAUGCAAUAAGCUGGUGAGCAGCUCAGAGACGUCCCAGAUGGGUUAUGGAGGCUACAUGGAUGAGAAAACUGCCCCGCCCCCAAACAUGACCACAAAUGAGAGGAGAGUAAUUGUUCCUGCAGAUCCUUCUCUGUGGUCCCCCGAUCACGUACGGCAGUGGCUAGACUGGGCCGUAAAAGAGUAUGGCCUCCUAGAAAUCGACACAGCCAUGUUCCAAAACACGGAUGGCAAGGAACUGUGUAAGAUGAGCAAAGAGGAUUUCCUGAGACUCACCACUGCCUAUAAUGCUGAAGUCCUGCUCUCACAUCUUAAUUACCUCAGGGAAAGUAGCUCAUCAAUAUCAUAUAAUGCACCAUCUCACACUGACCAGUCUCCUCGUCUGGCUGCCAAAGAAGAUGCCUCAUAUGAUGCUGUACGGAGGACAGGUUGGUCAAACAGCAUGCACAGUGGUAAAGGCUCCCCUACUGUGGUUUCACAGAAUGUAUCUAAGAGCACUGAACAAACUCGGCCUCAGCCAGAUCCAUACCAAAUCUUAGGACCGACAAGCAGUCGACUUGCCAACCCAGGCUCAGGUCAGAUCCAGCUGUGGCAGUUCCUCUUGGAGCUACUAUCCGACAGCGCCAAUGCUGGCUGCAUCACGUGGGAAGGGACCAACGGCGAGUUCAAGAUGACCGACCCAGACGAGGUUGCACGGCGCUGGGGAGAGCGCAAGAGCAAGCCCAACAUGAACUACGACAAGCUGAGCCGCGCACUGCGCUACUACUACGACAAAAACAUCAUGACCAAGGUGCAUGGCAAGCGAUACGCCUACAAGUUCGACUUCCAUGGCAUCGCCCAAGCCCUGCAGCCUCACCCUACCGAGUCUUCCAUGUACAAGUACCCGUCUGACUUGGCCUACGUGCCUCCUUACCACGCUCACCAGCAGAAGGUCAACUUUGUCUCACCACACCCUCCUUCAAUGCCUGUCACUUCAUCCAAUUUUUUUGGCCCUUCUAACCCUUACUGGAGCUCCCCGACGGCAGGCAUCUACCCUAGUGCCAGUGUGCCAAGACAUCCCAACUCUCAUAUGCCCUCUCACCUGGGUAGUUACUACUAAAUCCUCUCAGUUUGCUCUAGAAGCCACAUGCCAACCCCAAGCUGCACUCAGAAGGAAUGCAAAUUUAAAAGAGAGAGAGAGAGAGAGAGAGAGAGAGAAAGAGAAUGAAAAAAGACAAAGUGUGACUAAAUUUGUAAAAUGAAGGAGAAUCAGGGCUAAAUUCACUAAAGCAAUGAACUGGAUUUUAAAAAAAGGGAAAAGAAAAGAAAGGAGAAAGAAUGAACCAAAAACUGGAUGUUGUAUUGAUCCACUUCAAAAUGGAGUACUACUUAGUCAAAGGACAAGUAACUGCUUGUUUUUUUUGUUUUUUUUUUCUUGUCUGUUUGUCUUCAAUGCAUUUUUGUUUCCACAUGUUUUUGUGUCUUUCUAUUUUUAUAAACAAUAUGGGCCAAAGCAUCCACUCGACACACAUGCAACUACCCAAUACGGAUUUACACUUUUCUCAAAUUCCACAGCUGUAGAAGGUCUUGGUGUUUAAAUGUGAAAUGUCUCCAAUCCCAUUGGGGAUUGACCUAUGCCAUGCUGCAGUUUAGUCAAACAAUUAUAGCACAAAAGCAAUCCAAGCGAAAUAACAAAUCAAGAAUUACUGCGACACUGUGAUGAUGUUCUCUCUGCUAAUACAGAUACUAUUAACAUUCCAAUGCAUUCAGCAAAAUGGGGUCUGGAAAUCAAUCUGUUUUGUUUGUGGACUCUAAAAGCCAUCUAAAAAUGGAAUCACAGCAUUUUAUAUAUAUAUAUAUAGCUACUGGAAGGUUCAGGUUUAGUUAUUUCUCUCUCAAUCUUCCUCUUAACUGGAAUUCCGACACAUUGGCCAUAGCUGAGGAAAGCAAUUCUAGGUUUGCACAGAGUUUUGUCUCUGUCAGUCACCACAAUCCAAUGGGCUCGCCAAAGUGUCAAUCGCCACAAUCUUGAAAGUAACAUUCCUAUAAACUAAGAAAGUAAGUACAAAGCUGACGUUGAUGCCUAUGAAUUUCAGUGUAAUGUAGCAUUCCACGAGGCAAAAGAUGAUCACCUGCCAAAGGCUCGUGGUUGGUCUUGUGAAAACCAAUCAAACAUUGUAAAAGACUAACAUGCAGUAUUUAAAGCCAAACCACGGACUUAGCGCUGAUGUGAAAACUGCCCGUGAAGCAGACGAUAUAUUUUAAUCCACUUAGUGUUAAUUUAGUUUUUUUCUGAAAGCAGCCCAAAGUGGUUUAACUUUCACCGCUGUACCUCACUGUUUUUAUAUAGGAUACAUCCGUAUUUGUAUCUUAUUUGCCAGUUAAAUAUCACUCUACUAUAGCUCAUCUCACAAUCUAAUUAAUCAUCAUCGAAUUACAUGUUCCUGAACGUUAUUAAGUCAAUUACCUAAAGCUACUAAAAUCACUGAACAGUUGAAUGUGGACAUUAUGCAAACGUACCUCUUUACAAACCAAAAAAUUGAAUGAAUAAAAGAAGUUAUCAUUUACAACAACACAAAAGUUUGAAACCAGAGUGAUCCUCAGAUUCGCGAACGCUGUGCGUUUGUCAGACCUAUUUGCUAUUAUUUUUUAAUCAACGGUCAACUAGGCAUUAAAAGCAUCUUACUGUAUAAAUUAUGCAGAGUUAUUUUCAUAUGUGACAGUAUUAAAAGAUCAAGAGAAUGAAUACGAGUUGACCUCGGUCAAAAUGCAAACUUUUUUAAAGCCGGUGUUGAAGGAAGUAUGUACAGCAUUAGUGUUUUGUAUCUGUACAUUUGGGCAAUAAAUUUAUGAAUGUUUUUGUUUUGUAAUGUGCUCUGUGCCUUGUCAUGAUGAGGUGAAAGUAUUUGAUUUGUUCUUUUUUUUUCUUCUUCUUCUUUAUUAAUGAAACCACAAAUGCCUUGUAAAAAAAAAAAAUCAUUUGCUUUAUCGACCAGAACUGUAAUACUGUAAGUGCCAAAAUGAUGUAAAAAAAAUAAAAUAACAUUUUCCUGCUAAAGCUUUGAAUCCCAAAGUCAACAUGCAAAUGUGCCUCACAAACUAUUGCAGGGUCUUAAUUUAGACACGUUGAUGUUCCCGUGCUUGAAUUUUCUUACAUGUAGAAGUAGAGCAAUAGACAGCUUCUAAAAAAUGAAGGAAUAAAUACCCAACUCAUCCUUUUUUCAAAAUAUCACUAUCUAAUGAAGGAAUUGUGCUAUUUCGUAUAUACAAUGUAUUUUGAAUAUUAAAUAUAUGAAUUUAUAUAAAAUAUAUAUAUAAUUUUGCAAUUAUUCUUUUUUUUUAUUUUGUUGUUCCUGCAAUGUAUUAUUACCUUUUUUUAAAGGGCUUUGUAGAUAAAUGUGAUGAAAAAUAAAUGUUUUUACAUUUGAAACUACUGAAA